AUGUCUCAAGGAAAUGGCACCAGAGUGACUGAAUUCAUUCUAUUGGGAUUUGCGGUUCGACAAGAACUACAAUACAUCCUCUUCCUUGUGUUCCUGGUCAUCUACAUGACAUCUCUAGUGGGCAAUGUUGGUAUGAUUCUGCUCAUCCAAUAUCAUUCUCGCCUUCACACCCCCAUGUAUUUUUUCCUUCAACACUUGGCCUUUGUUGACCUCUGUUACACCUCUGCCAUCACUCCCAAGAUGUUACUGAACUUCCUGGUAUCAGAUAAAUCGAUCUCAUUCUCAGGGUGUGUCGUCCAAUUGUUGGUCUACGCCACAUUUGCCACAAUCGAAUGUUACCUUCUUUCUGCCAUGGCCAUAGAUCGCUAUGUGGCCAUCUGUAAUCCAUUACACUAUGCAGUGGUCAUGUCCCGGAAGGCUUGUGUCCAGCUACUCACUGGAUCCUAUUUCAUGGGAUCCCUGAAUGCCUCUGUUCACACAGGCUUUGCCUUUUCAUUGGUCUUCUGCAAUUCCAACAUAAUCAAUCACUUCUUUUGUGAUGUGCCCCCAAUCCUGGCCCUUUCCUGCUCUAAUGUUGAUGUCAAUGUCAUGUUGUUAAUAGUUUUUGUGGGCUUUAACCUGUCAAGCACAUUGCUGGUUGUGUUUCUCUCCUACAUUUACAUCCUGGCUGCCAUCUUGAGGAUGCCCUCUGCUGCAGGAAGGCACAAAGCUUUCUCUACUUGUGCCUCCCACCUGAUGGCUGUCAUCAUUUUCUAUGGCACUCUCUCAUAUAUGUAUUUACAGCCCUCUUCCAGUGAAUCCCAAGAGAAUGAUAAAGUGGCUUCUGUAUUUUAUGGUAUCGUGAUACCCAUGCUGAACCCCCUGAUCUACAGUCUAAGGAACAAGGAGGUAAAAGAGGCUGUGAAAAUUCUAGUAAAAAGUUGCUUAUGA